AUUAAUGGUAGUCGAUCUAAUAGGUAUGAUGUUUUUCGUCCAAGUGACAACUGACAAGUCCUACAAUUAUUAAUUUUUAAUUUUAUUAAUGCCGGUCGUCCUUCGAGGUAUAAAAUAUUAAAAUAGCGGCAGAAGCGGGACGGUCAGUGCCGACAAUAUUAUUGCUUUUUCUACCGCCACUCGCCAGGCACCAGCCGUUUAGUCCUUUAUUAUCUAUGGCGACGACACUCCGCGAAGGUGAUAACGCGAGAGACUGAUAACGCACGCGCGCCCCCCGAGAUAAUACCUAUAGUAAAGACUAAAGUUAGUAGUUGGCUAGUUGGAACUACACACUGCACAGCGACUAGACCGGCGGCCGCCCGAACGUCGUCCGCUGGCAAAGAACGAUUUCUAAUCCUUAGACUCUCGAGGGUCCGGUCCCAGUCUCUGUGCCCUCGAAUCUCCCGAUGACGACGUGUCGACAAUUCCGUGGACGACGGUCGCUAGACACCUCCCGUUCGCCGACAUGGUGAUGACCAUCGAUGUUAAAAGAACGGAUAUCUCUAUUCACUCGUCCGUCGUAGACAACGGGUGGACCUACGGUUUGUGUUCAUUGACACACAAACGGUGGUGGUCCAACGGCUACACAUCCUACAUGGUCAUCGCCCUGUCAUCGGCGCGACGGCUGUGUUCUGCACGAUUGAGCGAACGCUUGGCGGCAGUGGAAUCAGUAAUCAUUAAAACAUGAGACAACAGGGAUGGCUGCGCAUUUUGGCGUUUUUAGCGUUUUCAUGGGUAGCGUUUCUUUUGGUGACUGUUAAGCUUGUUAGGCAACAAGAUACCAACGACGGGGAUUCAUCUCAAAGACUGGCCAGGGCUCUUCGAGAACUUGAUAAAUUACAUAGAAGCAAUGCUGAGCUUAAUGCUUUAGUGUUGGAUUUGAAUUACAAUCCAAGAAUAGACAAUAAGAAAAUUCUUUUGUCUUAUUUCCAAAAUUCUAAACGAAGUGGACUAAAUGGUCCAUCUGAAGAAUAUGAACUGUCACGUCGUCGUAUAUUUUCGAACACUAAAGAACUUUGGUAUUAUGUCAACUCUGAAUUACAAUCUUUAGUCAAAGAAGAUGAUAGUGUCAGAGUGGAACACAUUUCAAAAAUUAAAAACAUUAUUGGUGAACACUAUAGAUCUUUAUUAAAAGAUGUAUCAAGUUUAUCUGAUGUUGAUGGUCAUGCCGUAUGGAGACAACAGGAAUCUGAAAAUUUAAGUAAUUUAGUUCAAAAAAGAUUGAAACAUUUACAAAAUCCAUCAGAUUGUGCCAAAGCAAGAAAACUAGUUUGUGACUUAAAUAAGGGUUGUGGAUAUGGUUGUCAACUGCAUCAUGUUGUUUAUUGUUUUAUUGUUGCAUAUGCAACAGAAAGAACAUUAAUUUUGAGGUCUAAAGGUUGGAGGUAUUCCAAAGGAGGAUGGCAAGAUGUAUUCUUACCGUUGAGUGAUACAUGUCUUUUACCAAAUGGAGAAACAACCAAUCGGUGGCCAGGUCAUCGAAAUACUCAAGUUAUUACUCUACCUAUAAUUGACUCAAUCAACCCAAGACCUCCUUUCCUUCCUCUUGCAUUACCUGAAGACUUAGCUCCACGAUUAAAUGUAUUACAUGGAGAUCCUGUGGUUUGGUGGAUAGGCCAAUUUCUCAAGUAUAUGCUCCGACCACAACCAGCUACUAGUAAUAAACUAGAUGAAUACGCCAAAAAAGUUAAAUUCCAAAAACCAAUUGUCGGGGUACACAUUAGAAGAACUGAUAAAGUUGGUACUGAAGCUGCAUUCCAUAAACUAGAUGAAUAUAUGGUACACGUUGAACAGUAUUACAAAUAUAAAGAACUAACUGAUAAAGUCGAUAAAAAACGAGUUUAUUUAGCUACGGAUGAACCAAAAUUAUUUUCUGAAGCUAAACGCAAGUAUCCUGAGUAUGAAAUAGUUGGUGAUGAAGACAUUUCUAAAACUGCAUCAAUCAGUAAACGUUAUUCUGAUCAAUCGCUAAGUGGUAUCAUAACUGACAUACAUUUUUUGUCUCUUAGUGACUACUUAGUAUGUACUUUUUCAUCACAGGUAUGUCGAGUAGCCUAUGAGAUAAUGAACAGUCUCCAUCCUGAUGCGUCAACUCUAUAUACAUCUUUAGACGACAUUUAUUAUUACGGUGGUCAAAAACGCAGACUCCAUGUAGCCGUAUUACCUCAUAAGGCAAAUGGACCGCAUGAAAUGAAUUUGCUGGUCGGUGAUGAGAUUGCUGUUGCCGGUAACCAUUGGGAUGGUUAUUCAAAAGGAACAAAUUUAAGAACAAAAGAAAGUGGCUUAUAUCCUACAUUUAAGGUGUCCCCCAAAAUUGAAACUGCGCCUUUUGCCAGUUAUCCAGACGUAACAUUAAGUACUAAUGAAUUACAAGAACAAAAAAGGUAACUACAAUACUGACAAUAUUAUAUAGACUUAUACAAAUAGGCAACAGUUUUGUGCUCGUUUUAGCCUAAAGCUUGUACAAUUAUAUUUUACUUUAUAAAUACCAUAUUCAUAUUAUAAUUUUAAAGUGUCAAAACAUUUUUAAUUAUUAAAUUAGGUACAAAUAAUUUUAGUGAAAUUAAGUUAAACUAAUUGUUAUUUAACUGUAUUACAGUUAAAUUAAUUUCAAUUUUACUGUGAUCGCGUCUUCUAGGUUAAAUAUUAAUUAUUUUUUGCUCUCUACUGUAUCGACUAGUCCUUAUAUGCUACUUAAAAUACCACUUGUGUUGUUAUGCUAUUUACCAACAAAUUAUUAUUGUCAUAUUAUGCUAUUUAAUCCCUUACAAACUGUUAACAAAAAUAAUACAUCACAUACUUUAUAUUUAUUUCUUAAAUAGUUACAUAUUUUUGGAAUUUAUAUAAUAUAAAUAUAGAUUUAUUUAUUUAUUUAUUUCAGUAGUCCGUAUCUAAAGUAAAGUAAUCCACAAGAAACUAUCGAACACAUUUUUUUGUUUUCACUAUUUAUUUUAUAUAGAUUAAGAAGAUAUUCAACAUUGUUUGAUGUAAUCCAUUAAUUAACUACUCUAUUUUUCUAUGGACCAUUCAUAUUUGAUUUCUAAUUUCUAUUAUUAUUAAAAAAAUUCUGGAGUAAUGAUUCUGGAUGUUUAGAGGUUUAUUGGAAAUCUCUGAGUAAAAUGGAUAUCUUAAUAGAUGAAGGUACUGGACACUGGUCUCAAUAGUAGAAUUGUAUCAAAGGACAUGACUGCUUAAUAUUUUACUAUAAUAUCUAGAUGGUUGCCAACAGGCGCGUACAGCCAGAAUUUUUUUAGUGGGUCUUUUAAUUUUAUAUUUUAAUAUAACUUGUGGGGGUUUUACACAUUAUUGUAGUCAUCCAUCAUCAUAUUAAUAUAAUAUCAAAUAUGAAAUAUGAAAUAGAACCAUAUGACAACAUAUUUUGUAGAAAUCUGAAAUGUAUAACAAAUAUAUUUUUUGCAUAAAUAUGAUUGAUAUGAUGAAGGGGGUUGUUUCUACACCAAAAACACCCCCACUACUGGUUACCAAUUCAAACAAUAUCUAUUUUGACAUAAUAUAUCAUUGUUAGUGACUUGUUAGCUCUUAUAGAUAACAUAUCAUACUAAAUUGAUGGUAAAAUAGCAUACACUCAAGUACCUAUAUAAUUUACCAUGACCAAUACGUUGAAACAACUUAAUAGUUUUGUAUUUUCUCUUGUUGUUAAUUUUUUUGAUUUGUUUGAUUUAUUUUAUGUAUGUUAUAUACUUUUGAAGCAACAUUUAUUUUUAUGUUAAGAAUAAAAUAUUGGCAGUUUCUUUGUUUUAUUUUACCUUUAGUUUCUUAACAAAGUAUUAUUUUAGAUAAACAAUUUAUACAUUAUUUUGUAUUUGUAUAUUUUAUUAUACAAUUUUUAUGUAAUAUAAUAUGUUUCAAUUAUUAAAACAAUAUUUGCCAAAUGUCAAUGUUUUAACAGGGUUUGUAUGUUUGUUCAAGUACAUAAAAAAUGCAUAAUUUAUUGUUGCCAAAUUGUCUUAUUACAUUUCGAUAAACUUUAUUUAUUUAGUUUAUUAUGUUACAAUGGUAUUUUAAUAUUUAAAUUAAAUAAUUAAACAAUUUUUGAUUUGUUUAUGAGUACCUGAUUAUAUUUUGAGUUCAAAACUAACUGUUGUUUUAAAAAAAUCUUAAUAUAAUAAUUGUACAGUUCAGUUGUGUUAUUGUAUUAUGUACAUUGUUCAACGCAUAUUAUUAUUUUUCAAUUAAAUUAACUACUAUUCAUAGUAUAUCCACGGUCCACCUGGUAGUUAACAAUAUCAGUUACAUCAGUGUGAUCCAACCAGCAAGUUGAAACAGUAUUUCAUGAUUUAAAAAUGUUUGUAAAAGGCAUGCCAUUCGGUAACAUCAGAUUGAUUAUAAUAUAUAUUAUAAACUAUACGGGUCAUAAUCUUAUACUAUUAUGGAUAAUAAUAAUCUAUGGUAUGCGGAAAUGUUCUAAAAUAUAUAUGAUUGUUCCGCAGACUAAAAUAGGAUAGGUUGGAUCACUCAAGAGUUUCAUUAUCGCUUCACUAAUUAUUUCACUUGUUAUUCUAACAGCUUUUAGGUACCAACAAUUUGUUUGGUUUAUUACAUCAUAUUUUAUGCCACAAACAUACAAGCUCUGUUUAGAGAACAUGUUGUCUUUUUUUUCUUAGAUUUUUAUAUUAAAUUUGCUGAAGUUCAUGGUUUCAGUUUAGUUUAUUUAUUUGUUUUUGAAAAUGCAAUCUAAUAUAGGAAAUUGUGUUUAAAAUUUAAAAAAUCUUCUCAUUGAUAAAAUUCACUGUAUGACCAUAUUAAUUGUCUUGUCUAUAAUAAUUUAUCUUUUUAAAGAUCCUAGUAUAUUUUAAAACGUAAUUUAUAUAUAGUUGUUUUUUAUUUGUGUAAUUUAUAUAUUUUUAGUUAUAACUUAUAACUGAAAUGGGUGGUUGAUAAUUAUUUGCUUACAAAAUUACAGUAAUUUAUACAUCUUUAUUUUCUUCAAGUUAUCUUCUGCCCAUUUAAUAAUUAAAAUGUCAGUCCAUGAACAUAAAUCGCAUUAUGUGAUAAAUUAAUUUAACAUUGUAUUUUCUGAUCAUACUAAAACUAUAGGUUAUGAAUAUUUAAAUUUGUAUACAUCUGAUCUCUUAAUUUUAUCAUUCUCGAACAAAUUAUUUCUCUGAUACAAUUAUUUAUAUUAUUAUAUUUUGUGUCAAAAAAAUAUUUGAUUAUAGUAUUAUUGAUUCUACUUUCUAUUAUUGUGAUUAUAUAAACAUUUAUUGAUCAAUAUUACUUUGUUAAAACUAUGACAGUAUUUUAUGUAUUAUUUUAAACAAAUUGUUUGUAUUACACGUAUGACAUUGUAUUAAUG